UUCUGCUUGCUUUUUGCCACCGGUUCAAACUUUCAAGAUGAAGGUGUUCUUGCUUUUCUUGGUCAUCGCCGCUUUUCUCUACUGCACUACUGCAGCUGAAGAAGUUGAGACGACAGCGAGUACUGAUGCUGAUUGGGGCCGCCACCAUUUCCGAAAAAUCCGACAUCACAGGCACAGAUUUGCCAAGAAGGCACGUGCUGCAAAGGCUCGUGCUAGGAAGGCACUUGCUGCCAAGAGGAAGGCACUUAUUGUUAAGAAAUCACGUGCUAGGAAGGCACUUGCUGCCAAGAAGGCACGUGCUGCCAAGAAAGUACGUGCUGCCAAGAGGAAGGCACUUGCUGCUAGGAAGGCACUUGCUGCUAGGAAGGCACGUGCUGCCAAGAAGGCACUUGCUGCUAGGAAGGCACUUUCUGCUAGGAAGGCACUUGCUGCUAGGAAGGCACGUGCUGCCAAGAAUGCACUUGCUGCUAGGAAAGCACUUGCUGCCAAGAAAGCACGUGCCAAGAAGACUGUCAGACGUCACCACCCCCACAGGCAUCACCCCCACAGGCAUCACUCCCACCGCAGAGGAGACUAGAACUGAAGAUUUCAGCCCUCUAGUGUUGCACCGUACU